GUCCUCCCAGCCAUGUGUGCUCACAGCUGAGUGAGGAGGGCGGCCCUGGCCGGGAGGCGGGAACUCCGCUCCUGCGCAGUACAGCUCGUCUUUCCCGCCCGCCGCGUUUGCUGUAGGAGGAGCUGUGUGCGCGGAGCAGAAGGACAGGGGAGCGGAGACGAGGAACGCACAUUGGACGGACUCUUCUCAGACACGGUGAAACCAUGGAUUACGUCGUCUGUCCAUUUAAUACGGAACACAAGGUCCGUGGAACAGAGCUGCGAAUGCAUUUGAUGACAUGUCAGAGCAAACGAGAAAAGGAACCGGACAAGGUGGUGGGUCAACAAGCCUCAAAGAAGAAAACAAAAUGGAUAGCAAUGUCUCUUAAACAAGAAAAAGAGGAGGAGGAGAGGAGGUUGGAGCAAGAAGAGAUGCAUGUCUAUGAUCCACAGGAUCCGUUUAGACUUCUGCAGUGCCCUUAUGACUCUAACCAUCAAAUAAGAGCUUGUCGUUUUCCUUAUCAUCUGAUUAAAUGCAGGAAGAAUCAUCAUGAUCUUGCCUCUCAGUUUGUCACUUGCCCGUUUAAUGCCCGCCACAUGGUACCUCGAGGAGAGCUAAGUUACCACAUUUCCCGAUGUGAUGACCAAAGUUGCAUCGAACAGGAUAUUGCCGAUGAAAAAAGCCUGUACAAGAGAGAUGUCAACCCAAGCCAAUGGAAUGCUCCACCGUGUACAGAGGACUGGGAUAAAGAGUUGCAGAGCACCAAGUCGCCAUUCAUGUGGGGGACACCUUCCUAUCCUGUGCCAAGUCCUCAAGGUGGUGCAUUAAUGGAUCCCAAGCGUAGUCUUGACUCUAAUCUCCGUGCUCCUAAAUCUCUACCAUAUGUGCUGCCAUGGAAAGUCCAUAAUCAUGUCUGAUUCUAUGUUUGGAUGUGCGCACUGUAGAAUGAGUAGACGACCAAUUACCAUCUGAUCUUCUGAGUGCCUUGACUGUUCUCUGUUAAGGUUCUGUUAAAAUAGUAAUUAUGCUAGAUUUCAGUUUCCUCUAUUUACUUGAUUUGUUCUGCCCAACACCGUUUAGGUCCUGUUGGUUUUUGGUACAUCUGGGACCUUGCAUUUAUUUUCGGAAAAAAAUGUGUGGACUGCCCAAACAUUUAGAAGCUAGUAAAGUUUUUUUUAAAAACCUACCGUUCGAUAAAGUGUAUAAAAUGUGCAAAAGUUUUGAUGCUAAAAACCAUUGCAGGACACAUCUGCAUUUCUGUACUGCAUAUACAAAACAGAUGAGUAUUCUCGAAGGUGCUUAAAGCAGUAGUAAACCGCAUUUAAAAAAAAAAACCUUGGUUUGCAGGCUCCUGCUGUUUGAAUUGCUGAGCUGCCAUGACGUCACUGGCAUGUGUGCGGGUAGUUAUGGGCGCUGCAUGGCUCUUUCAAUAGACAGCAUGGCGUUCAUUGAGAGCACUUGUGCGCAUGUGAAAAUGUCACCUGCUGCUACACAUCUCCUAAACCUGCACCGUCAUAUUUACUGUACCUACCGGUAAUCCUAUAAGGCUUACCUGUAGGUACAAAACAACAAAGGGCAUUUACUCCCUCUUUAAAGCACCUGUUACUACUUGUGUGAAUUUAGCACUUUGUACCAUGUGAGUUUACAAUUUAAAAAUAAUAAAGAUGUUGGUUUUGAUACCUUAUUUUAAAA